AUGACUUCCCGCCAACCCCCCAGCGUGACGGACGCCCCCAUCUUUGACAUGUGGCGCGACUACAUGGACCUGGCCGGUCUGCUGCUGCGCAUGCGCAGCGGACGCCUGACGGAUGCGGAGGAUCAAAAGAAGCCGCCGCCUGCCGCGGCGCCCGCUCGCCGCUCGACCGGCAGCCUCACCGGGGGGCGCAAGAGGGGGCCACCGGACUUGUGCCACUUCUGCAAGCAAAACGGAGAGGCGGCCGACGUCUACCGAUCCCACAAACUGAAGGCGGACGACGGCAAGGUGUUGUGUCCUGUCCUGCGGAGGUACACCUGUCCCAUGUGUGACGCAACAGGAGACCACGCCCACACGCGCCGCUACUGCCCGCUCGUCGCGCGUCAGCAGGUGAACAUCCUGCCAGCUGCCAAGUUCUGGUAG